GGGGCCGGGCGAGGGCAGCCGGGCCCGAACUGGCUGCCUCUGCCGGGCCACGGCCAAUCCAGAGCGCGCCCGCGCGGGAGGGCCCUGGGCAGCCGCCGCCGGCGGGUGGAGCCGCGGGCAAAGCGCGGAGCUCGUGAAGUAGACGGCCCUGCCGCCCGCCGCCCGCCGUCCGCCCGGGCUCUCUGGCUUCGCCAUGCCGCUGUGGGGCGCCGCCCUCGCGCUCAUCUUGGCUGUGCUCGCCCUGCUCGGCCCGCGGCUCCUGGGACCCUGGGGGCGCGCCGUCGGAGAGAGGAACCUGCCGGGGGUCCAAGACCGGGACGACGAGGAGGCGGACGGCGGAGGCCCCGCGGACCAGUUCAGUGACGGGAGCGAGCCACUGCCGGGCGGGUGCAGCCUUGUCUGCAAGCCGUCGGCCCUAGCCCAGUGCCUGCUGCGCGCGCUGCGGCGCUCGGCGGCGCUGGAGCCCGGCCCGCGCUCUUGGCUCUCCGGGCCCCACGUGCAGACCCUCUGCCACUUCGUCCUGCCCGUGGUGCCUGGGCCUGAGAUGGCCCGGGAGUACCUGCAGUUGGCGGACGAUGGGCUAGUGGCCCUGGACUGGGUGGUGGGACCUUGUGUUAGGGGCCGCCGGAUCACCAGCGCCGGGGGCCUUCCUGCGGUGCUUCUGGUGAUCCCCAAUGCGUGGGGUCGCCUCACCCGCAACGUGCUCGGCCUCUGCUUGCUCGCCCUGGAGCGCGGCUACUACCCGGUCAUCUUCCAUCGUCGCGGCCACCACGGCUGCCCACUGGUCAGCCCCCGGCUGCAGCCUUUCGGGGACCCGUCCGACCUCAAGGAGGCGGUCACAUACAUCCGCUUCCGACACCCGGCGUCGCCGCUGUUCGCGGUGAGUGAAGGCUCGGGCUCGGCGCUGCUACUGUCCUACCUGGGUGAGUGCGGCUCCUCCAGCUACGUGACAGGCGCCGCCUGCAUCUCGCCCGUGCUGCGCUGCCGCGAGUGGUUCGAGACCGGCCUACCCUGGCCCUACGAGCGGGGCUUUCUGCUCCACCAGAAGAUCACUCUCAGCAGGUAUGCCACAGCCCUGGAGGACACUGUGGACACCAGCAGACUGUUCAGGAGCCGUUCCCUUCGAGAGUUUGAGGAGGCUCUCUUCUGCCACACCAAAAGCUUCCCCAUCAGCUGGGAUACCUACUGGGACCGCAACGACCCCCUCCGGGAUGUGGACGAGGCGGCUGUGCCUGUGCUAUGUAUCUGCAGUGCUGACGACCCCGUGUGUGGACCCCCAGACCACACUCUGACCACUGAACUCUUCCACAGCAACCCCUACUUCUUCCUCCUGCUCAGUCGCCACGGAGGCCACUGUGGCUUCCUGCGCCAGGAGCCCUUGCCAGCCUGGAGCCACGAGGUCAUCUUGGAGUCCUUCCGGGCCUUGACUGAGUUCUUCCGGAUGGAGGAGAGGAUGAAAGGGCUGAGCAGGCACAGAGCUUCCUUCCUUGGGAGCCGUCGUCGCGGGGGAGCCUUGCAGAGGCGAGAGGUCUCUUCCUCUUCCAACCUGGAGGAGAUCUUUAGCUGGAAGCGAUCAUACACAAGAUGAGAGACCUGGCCCAAGAACCCCCAAGUCCUGCAAAGAAAAACAGAGCUGGGCAAGGGAGAGUCCUGGAAAGGCCGGGCGCGGUGGCUCAAGCCUGUAAUCCCAGCACUUUGGGAGGUCGAGACGGGCGGAUCACGAGGUCAGGAGAUCGACACCAUCCUGGCUAACACAGUGAAACCCCGUCUCUACUAAA